AUGCCGCGACCUAGACGAACGCGAGCCGCGCCGGCGCGCGCUGCCAAAGCGACAAACCCGACUCCAGCGCCAGUACCUGCGCCAGCACACAAACAACCUGCCCGAGAACCAAGCUCUGAUAUAUACGACGUGAGCGAUCGCGAAAAAGAGAGAGCAGCAGCGAGGCGCCAGUCGGUCGAAUUGGGUUCCGCGCGCCGCAGGCGAUCAGCGUCAUCCGUGAAUUCACAACAAGCCUACGCCAUCGAAAAGGCGCGACAGCGACGCGAUACCGCCAUGGACCGCCUGGAGAACGUGACAUCUACGGAGGACUCCGCUGCGGCGGAGGACUCUGCAGACAAAUCGGACAACUCGAUUGAAGUAGGACGGCGCGCGACUGCGACCCCGCCACAGGGAAGACUCACGAGUAUGUCCGGGUUGGAUCUGGACGACGAGAUGUUCGAUGAUCUCAACACCACCUACGACACCGCAGGGCCGGCAAGUGCGCACCGGUCCGUCGACACAUCGACUUUGUCCGUCACGCACUUCAGACGGCGACCGCGCGCGGGAAGCUUCUUGAGCCGUGACGAGGGUCCUAUCCGACCACCUAGCAGAACAGGUCCCAACACUCCGGGUCUUAGUUCGACCUUCAAUAUUGGUGUGUUCAAGCGAAGAGCUCGAGAACCCAGUAUCCUCGGCACGGCGCAGAAGCCAAGGCCACAACGUCCCGAGCCAGAACAUGAGUCUGAACUUGAGCAAGAGGAAGAGGAAGAAGAGGAGGAAGAGCUGACAGGGGAGGGAGAGGAGAAUGAAGCAAUCGACGAGGAUGCAUUUGCGCCAGAAGCAGAGUCCACUCCGUUCAGGCGCUCUAAGAGACGCUCCGGAGAAGCUGAAGCUGCAACGUCAUCCAGCGCAAAUUCGAAGAAAAGGAAGUCUACAGAAGGCCACGAACGACGCCUUCGCUCAUCGCCAUAUGAGAUAGAUGAUCCUAUCCGAGAAUCUGUCGAGCAAGAAGACACUUCGGAUAUAGGGAUCCGAGACUCUGUCGAGCAAGAAGAUGCUGGGGAAAUAGAGUCUCCGCAGCCCUCUCUGCCCCGAGAACUUGACAGACCGUCCACACCCAUUAUGGAUGAGGAGCUCAUGGCGCCACCAUUGAGCAGCGGCUCCUCAGGUGAUGAGCCAGAGAUCUGGCCACCUCUGCAGGCGCUUGCGAAGGGCCGCACGCGGCGUGCGGUCUCGGCACUACGACGCACACCCGUCCCCAACGAUAACGUCUCAGAUAUGUCAUCCCCGCCGUCACUCACCUACUCUCCAAACUACGCCGAGCCAUCACCGCCACCAGCGCGAGCCGCGAAACCCAAGCGCAAAGCAGCUACCAAGCCCGAGCCCAAAGUCACCACGGCAGACCUCAAGGGCAUGCUUCCGCGACGGCGACAGAGGAACGCUAGGGCGGACCCCUUUGGGAUAGAUGACGACUCGGAAGCCGAGGUCGACAUCUCAGGCCUGGGAAACGAUGACGAUGAGCUGUCGCAUCUCGACGUGCGUGCCCGGCGCCGUCCUGCAAGAGCAGCGGCCAACAACCAGAGCACGACUCGAGGGCGGUCGGCGACCCGUGACAAGGGCAAGCAGACGUCGGGCUCGACCAACAAGCCGGCAAGACGGACGUACGGUCGAUCGUCCGACAAGGAGAACCACGAUAACGCUGACGAGGAGGAAGUGGAGGAGGAAGACGAUGAUACCCUGGGCCCAGCCGGUGAGGCGGAGGAGGGAGUCGAGGAGAGCAGCCAGGAGAUGCUGGCGCGGAUGGGCGACGAGCUCAAGAACGCGUCACGCAAGUUCAAAGAGGUGGACAAGUGGGAGCUGGAGUACGAGGAGAUGACACAGAGCAGUUCUCCGGGUGCUCGGUGA